GCAUACGCGACAGUGGCGAGCCUCGCCGUUUGUACGGUGUCUGCUACAACUGAAUGUUUACACAACCUCGAAUCGUUCGCCCUCUUGAACUCGCAUACUAUGAAUUCUUCAUCAGCCAGAUCGCUUUUUACUACGUCGCCGUGGAGCGGUACUCACGAGUGCUGUUUUCAACAGACUAUUGUGCCCAAAAUGAUGAAAAAUCGUUUCGGAAAAUCGAAGCAUAAAAAAUUUCAAGAUGAUUGGGAGAAAGCUAAAGAGCCAGUUGUUGAGGGUAUAACAUUCUAUGUCAAAUACCUAGGAAUGUCAAUGGUAGAUAAAGCCAAUGAUGAGAAUUGUACAGCCGAAGCAGUCAAGAAAAUUGUCAACCAGGUGAAAUAUGGAGCCAAACCAAAUAAAGUAUCUCUGAAGGUUACCCCACAAGGUAUAGUGCAGACGGAUGUUGAAACGGAGCAAAGCACAUUAGAAGUAUCUAUAUACAGGAUUUCAUAUUGUACAGCCGACAAAACAAAUGAAAAAGUGUUCGGGUUCAUAUCACAAAAUCCUUACAAUGACGCACUAGAACUUCAUGCAUACUUAUGUACAAAGAGAAAAGUUGCUGAAGCCAUAGCUUUGACUGUAGCACAUUCUUUCAACAUAGCAUAUGAAAGGUGGGAAGAAAAACAAGAUACAAACAAUAUAACAAAUAGAGAACUUGCGUCAGGAGAAAUGUUAGAAUUACAAGAACAAGUGUCCAGUCUAAAUGUCUCAUCACCUUUAUGUAUACCUGGUGAAGAGUCUUCAUCAGAGAAUGGCGUAUCGCACGUAGAAAGUUCACUAGGAGCAUCACCUCCUUUACCGUCCUCCAAUGUAGUAAUAGAACCGCCACCAAGGAACCCAAGAGUUCCAUCAUCCUCAAGGAUAUGUAGCUCAGCACCGUCAUCGUUACCCCCUCCUCCACCACCGCCUCGUCUAAACCAUUCUAGGGCAGGACAACUGCGACGGGAUAACAGCACUGGUACCGUAGUAACACAGGCAGAAACACAUGUGACUCCAUCAAGUACAUUACAUGACUGGAAUAUUCCAGAUAGUAGUCUUGAUGAUUGUUUUUCCAAACUAGCAGAGAGUCGAACCAAGCCUCAGAUUCUGUCCCCUAACAUACAACACACGGAAUUUGACAACCAAAUUAUACACAACUUGUCCAACAAACGUCAAGAUAAAGAAAGUUUAUUUGAAUGUAAUUCAAGUAGUGAUCUAUUAUUAUAAUUUUAAAUGUAACAUAGUUUUUCCAUCGUUCUAAAUUACAGUAGUAAAUACUACAAGUUUAUCAUAUUUUUAAUAGGGCAUAACUUCUACUUUCAGACGAUUUCACUCAAUUAAAAUAUUAAAGGUUUCAUAAAUUAUUUUAAGUAUUGGUGGUAGAUAGAUUAGUGAAAUUAUUUGGAGGAAAAAUUGUUUAUGUCAGUGAAUAAAUACAUUGUUGAAAUAUUUGGCUAAAUACAAAGAAAUACAUUGGAAGCAACUAAUAUGGUAUUAAUGUCUAAAUACAUAAAACCACAUUUUAGAACAUACAUGGUGAUGUCUAAACAUAAUCUAACAUCCUAUUCAGACUAGCAUCUUAUUUCGAUUGGUUAUAGGAAUUACGACACCCAAUCGCAAAGUAAAAUUGUGUGUGAAAGCUCCCCAAUAUUAGUCGAUAAGCAAUCGAUAUUGCAAUUGUUACCCGUUGCGAUUGUGUGCUAUAAUCUUUAUUACUCCCGAUUACCACGGAAUCCGAUCGCAACGAAUCCCACCGGCACAGUUUGGCUGAGGUCAGUCAAUAUAGGCCUAGCCACCGGAGGCUUAGGCCCUAAAAUGUAAAGUUGGUUUGUGUUGGUCUGAAUGCGCUGGUUGAUUGCGAUCAGGAGUAAUAGCUUUUGGAUUACCACAGUUUACAUCGCAACUGAUCGCAACAGAGUGUAGUCUGAAUAGGGUAUAAAUUAUUUCGUACAUGGUGAUGCAUAAACACAUCUAAUACACGGUGAUGCCUAAACACAUCUAAAUACAUUUUAAAAUAUAUGGUGACAUUUUAAAACAAUAUUUGUUGAUCAUAUAAACACAUCUAAAUAUAAUUUGAUACAUUAUAAUACAUGAUGCCUUAAUCGUAUGCAAUUUUGAAACAUUGUAGUACACUACAUGCCUAAUUUUUAAUUGAUACCUACAAAAUCACUUCGGAACUCGUAGGAAAUAUAUAUUGAAAGCAGUGGUGGCUCCAGCAAUAUGCCAACAGGGGGUCUAACACGUCCAAAAUGGCAUUCAGGUUUACUUGUUAUCUUUGUAAAUAUUUUUAACACUUUUGCCACUGGGUAAUAACCUUUAUGCAAGAAUUGAAAUCAUAUUUCAGAAUUAUUUCUUGACAUCCAAUUGGUAUACUAAUGCAUAGUUGAUCCUAUCAAUUGAAAGAACCUUUAGGAGCUUUUGAAGACACUCCUCAUAUUUCGUAAACCUACAUAUUAUACAAUAUACAAUACCAUGUACAUUUACACCUAUAAUUUCACUCUGUGAACUCUGAAAUCUUUUUUUUAUGUUACUGCCGCCAUAAAUAUGUUUAUGAAAAUACAGUUCAUAAACUGUGGUAUGUAGCAGUGUGGAAUGGAAUUUAUGUUGUAAAUAUCUGGAUAUUUUUACAAAUUACAUUUGUAACUUUAUUUUGUAUUGGGAGGUAAACUUCAUAAUUUUUUAGCAGUAAGGUUUAUAAGCUAUCAGAGGGUCUGUUGUUACAUUUUCUUGCAUGUACUGCAUUCCUACUAUUUAGCAAGUGCAGUACCAGAAUUAGAAUAAAAUGUUGGGUAUGCACAGUAGAAUUGAGAAUGUUGGAGUGGGGUGGGGGAGAGGGAGAUCAUAGAUUAUUGGGUUCAUGAUUUGUUUAAAUAUGAGAUAAUGGUUGUUUUAUAUAAUUCAGAUAAACAGUGUCUUCACUCUACAGUAUCUCGGCAUUUUAGUAUCUUUUUGAAUGUUUUAUGAAAUAUUUCACGCCAAAGUGAUGUAGAUAAUGGCAACUGAUUAUUAUACCAAUUACUAUUAUUAUUAUUAUUAUUAUUAAAGUAAAAUUAGUAUAUCGAUUGUUUUAUUUAUUGUUCUAUUAAGGAUUUAAAAUGUUAUCUACUCUGUCUUGAAAGUGAUGUUUUAUUUACUGUCUGAAAUUUAGUAUAUAGCCAAGACAAAUAUGUACAGAUGUUUGGUAUUUACUAAUAAGUGUAUUGUUUGUAUGAUGCAAAUAAGUAGAAGAUUGGGGGGGGGGGUCAUUGUCCCUUAUGAAUAUUGAUAUUGAAAUGUAUCAAUGAAUAUGAUGAGUAUGCUAAAGUAAUACGUCUCACACAUUUUCAUUAUGCAAGACCUUCUUGAAUAUUCAUAGCACAUAUUGAAAUGUAAUAAUCCUCAUGAAUAUUGAUCAGUAUGCUAUAGUAACUAUCUGUAGUACCACAGAUUUUCAUGAUUAUUUGUUAAAGCCAUUUUACUGGUGAUAUUACUUAAUGAAUAUUCAUAUAGGACAUGUUCUCAGUCAAUAGAGCUGUAUCAAAAAUGAAGUUUUACUUUAUAGUUGAAUGAAGGCAAUUUAAAUAUAUCUGGGAGGGGUGUAAUUCUCCCAAUUCUUGGAAAUUUGUGACUGCAGCUUUAAUAUGUAAUAUGUGACCACUCUGUUUUAAAAACAGAAUUGAUUUUACCAUUCACCUUGAUGAUUGGUUUAGAGCCAUCACAUGACAUCCACAUUUGAUUUCCCUAUGUUUUGAGCGGCACAACAUGGCCUCUUAAAAUACAGUACAUUAAAAAAUAUUUAUGAAAAUAUUGAAUAACUCGUUUGAAAAGAUCAAUAAGUUUUGAUGACUCACAUAUAACAAAGAAUUUUUCAAUGAUUUACAGAACUACAAAAAAAAAAAUUAUCAAAUUGAUUACCAAUUUACGGGUCUAUGAAAAGAAUAAGAGAGUUAUUAUGCAUACAGUAUAUCAUUUGGAGAGGAAAAUGUUUUCCUCAUUCUAAUACAGUAUUCAUUUGAACACUGUACAUUGUGAGCAUAUAUUGAUUUUAUUUUCAAAUGUUUUACCUCAUCACAGAAUGUAUAUCUUUACUAGAAACUUAUUAUACAUCAAAAAUAUUUACAUCAACAGUGAGCUUAAAAUAUAGGCGAAUGAAACAUGUCUGAUAAUACUGUAAACCAAGAUUACAGUUUAGAGAAGAGAGUAAUAAAUUUCAUGACUUGGAGAUGAGCCUACAUGUGCCCUGAAACACAAAAGAUUACAGUUGAUGAUUUACUGUAUAAAAAAUUACAUUGCUUGGAUAUUGUAUAUCAUCUUACGGGAGUAAUAGUAUGUAUUAAAACUAAUGAAAGUGUGUGGUGGUUGAUGUUAAUGGCUGCCAAAAGACACUUUUCUUAAUUGCUUUCCUUUGUUUUUUUUCAAGAGAUUAAAAGAUGAGAAUAAACAAAAAUCCCCUCAAUACUGUAGACCUGUGGAACAGGUUUUCACUUGCAUGAGGUCCUGUAAACAUGCUUGUAGCUCCGGCUAGAUCAGUAAGCCAUGCCAAUACCCUAGAAAAAUUGGUAUUUUUCAUCAGGUCUGAAAAUGUGUACAGUAUAUUAUGAAAUUUUUCAAACACUAUAUAAAAUAUGUAAGUUAAAGUAAGUUGAUGAAUAAAUUGACAGAAUCAGUUUCAAA